AGUGGCUGAGACCUUAUGAGCCCAAGUGUUUCGUGUGCAAAGCGGUAGAAAACGCAGUGUCGGGUCCGAUUCGAAUCCCUGGCUUUUUCUCAUUCCCCAGUUUGUUCUCAGUGCAUUGUAGACUUGUGCUAGCAACAGUCAAGAGCAGCUCCAGUGGGAGUAACUUCAGUUGGUUACUUUUUUUCUUUGUCCAAGUUUCCUGCUCAAUACAAAAGGUGAAAGAUGCCUUUCACACCGGUUGAACAUGCCAAAUGCCCCAAAUGCGGGAAAUCCGUCUACGCCGCUGAAGAGAUGCUGGCAGCUGGAGAGAAAUGGCACAAAACUUGCUUCAAGUGUGGACUGUGCCAUAAGAGGUUAGACAGCACCAACGCCACAGAACACGAGAAGGAACUAUUCUGCAAACAAUGCUAUGGCAGGAAAUUCGGCCCCAAGGGAUAUGGCUUCGGUGGUGGAGCUGGCUGCCUCAGCAUGGACAAGGGAGAACAAUUUGGAAACACGGAAUGUUCCAUGUCCAACAAGCCCACUUUGGACCCAACUUACGGUUAAGCUUUCCAACAAUAAUUAUUUAUUCUGUAUAGAACUCUACCGAGAGAUCUGCUCCAAUUGUUCCUUCAAACGAAAACAAAAACAUACAAACUUGCUUUUAAAACAUAAGGACAAUUUGUGCUUAUUUUCAUAUUUGCCUUUAUAUUUUCUUCAUUUGUUCAAUCUCGCAUCGGAAUUUUCAAAAAUAAUUAACGGGAAUGUCCAGAAGUCGCCGCAUAUGAGAAUAGUGUGUUGCCAACCGAUAAAAAUUAUAAUGAUAAUAAAAGAUCAGACUGCUCAAUGUUUGAAUUAUGUUACAGAAUAUACUACUGCUCUGUACCUCUGAUUAUGUUGAAAGCAAUAAAAUAUAAUUUCUUACCACUGA